CUCAAACUAGUAAGAAGUUUUCAAUUUUCAAAAAUUCAUUCAUUGUAUUUUUGCAGACAGAAUGUAUAGUUCAGCAGCUGGAAGCAGCACCAAAAAACAACGUCCAACAACUAGUUAUUUGGUACGACCCAGAUUAGGGCCUCUAAGGGGUUUAUACACUAAUAGGCCCUUGUCAACUUUGUCCAAUGAAAAACGAAAAAGAACCAAAAAAUCUAGCUCAUCACCUCAGAAAAUGGAAUUCCGCAAAAAGCCAGAUUACGCCGAUACGGCUUAUCGUGAAGCAGUUGGUAGACUCAGAAUUUUAAUGGCCGAAAGUUACAGUACUACUCCAAUGAGAAGAAUCUAUCGUCCAAUUAGAGAAGCAGAUAGUGCAGGCGAAGAGACAGACAACCAAUCGCUGAUUAGUGCAGGAAGUAGAAAUUCCCGCUACAAUAAUAAUUACACUCCAAGAAAACUGUAUUAUCCUUCAUUGAAAAACGCAGAAACUCAUCAGCAACCACCUCCAGAAUUAAUGUCAUUUAUUGAACGCCAAGAAGACUACAUUGAACAACUGGAAAAAGAAUCAAGAUUUUGCAAAGACGAAUUGUCCUCUCUACUAUCAAAAGUCAAAGAAGUCAUAAGCGAAAACGAGCAUUUGCACGAAAAGCAAAAAUCCAAACUAAUCAAGUCUGUAUUUGAUCAUUUAGAUACUGAAACUGAAACAGAUAAUGACGUAACUGUUACCCCAAAAAAAAUAUUUGAAGGCCCUUCAAUAGUCUUUGAAUCAAGGAUUUCUGAGCUGGAAGCCCAACUAACUCAGGCCAGAAUCGAUUUAAAAAAAGCCCUAGAGGACAACAAACAAAAACUACCAGAUUUAGACUAUGAAAACUUCAAAAGGCAACUGGACAAUUGUCAUAGGGAAAAGGAGGAAUUGCUAAGCAAAAUUAAUAAGCUUCAAAUAGCUUUGGCCAAUCUACGAGACAAAGAAAACGACACUUGUGAUCAAGUCAAACGAAGCUUAGAUGUAGCUGAACAAGCCCAAUACGAAAAAAGUGCAGCUGAACUGGAAAUAAGACGCUUAAAAGAUGAAUUGGAGCGACAACAUAUGAAGCUGAGAGAUGCUAUUGCUGACCAAAGUAGAAGAAUCUCAGACGAAAGAUCAGCAGUGGAGCGCCGUUAUACUCAGCAAAUCGAACAGCUUACAGCUGAAGUUGGAGUCCAAUGGGAAACAACCAAUAAGCUGCAACUAGAGUUGGACAAACAAAGACGUGAAAAUGCUGACUUACGUAGAGAGUGUGCACAGAAACAAGCCUUAAUUGAUGAGCUAAAAAAGGAUACUCAAAGCAAAAUACUUACUCUUCAAUCUGACAUAGGAGCAACAGGAGCAGAAAAAAGCGCUCUAGAACAACAAAUCUCCACCCUAAACAUGGUAAACGAGCGCACCGAACGUCAGUACAAACAAGAAAUAACCAGGCUGCAAGCGGAAAUCCAAUCGCUGCGCCAAAGAAUGGACAGAGCAGAUGCCGAUUUGAUCCAUAGUAGGCGCGAGAAUAUUAGAUUAAACGAGCAAGUGGCAGCACUGGAAAAGGAGCUCAAUCUGAAUGUUGCUCUGAACGAAGAGCGAGCUAAAUCGGUUACUCCCAGAACUGGAGAAGCUAUAGCUCUACCGGCUCCCAAGGACAAAGAGCUCGGUUCGAUGAUACAGGAUAUUGAAAAUAAACAUGGGAGGAAAUACGGGAACUACAAACUAGCCUAGAUCGAUUAAGCAAUAGGUUUAGUCAGGCACAAUAUCCUACAACCAAAGAUGAAGUCAGCAAUCAAAGAAUCUCACCCUCAACCCAAGCCACCCCUACCUCAGCAAUAAAUCGCUCUGACAGUCGAACUUCCUUGAAACUUAUUUCAUCGAGACAAACGAGCCAAGAACAACUUGCACCAUUUCAGCAAUACGAAGCACCUGCCCAACCUGAAUACACUAAUCAGCAACAAUACGAUCCCGUCCAGCAACAAUACGAUCCUACUCAGCAACAAUAUGAUCCCAACCAGUAUCAGUACGAUCCCAAUCAGCAAUACGAAGGUGAUCAGCUCCAGUACGAACAGCAAUACGAUCCGAAUCAGGCCUACGCUGAAGAAUACGCCCAGGAUCCGUACUAUACCGACCAGAAUGAUCCAAAUUUGACUUCGGAAGUUCAAAAUUAUGUCGACCCAAAUGUGGAUGCGAAACAGAGUUACGAAGUUGCUGGUGACGAUACGAAUUCGGUUCGACAAGUUGCUGAAUCGUAAAAUGUUUGCGCUUUUGUAAUGGAUGUGCAAUAAUAUGUUAUGUAUAAGUGUAUAACCAAAAAGCCUUUUUAGAUGAUUUAAUUAUAUGCUUUUAUUAAUUGUUUUUAUCUUUUUUUCCCCCCUUUUUUUAAAAAUAUUUAAUCUCUGUUCCAGCCGACAUAAAAACCCUUUUAGAACGAUAAUUUCCAGUAACUUAAUUCAUUGAAAAACAGAUGGACAAAUGGAAAUUACUGGUUCUAGAAUGGUUCCCAUGUCGGUUGGAACAGAGCUAAACUAAAUGUUUUUUUCAUAGAUGUUUUGGAAAUUUGAGGUAACCUUUUUCAUGGAUUUGAUACACAAUUUGCUCAUUUGUAGCUCUA